AUGGCGUCAGAUCCGAAGGUUCACGUGUUCGAGGAGGUCGCGAAGCAUAACCAGACCAAAGAUUGCUGGCUGAUUAUCAGUGGAAAGGUUUAUGAUGUAACUUCAUUCAUGGACGAUCACCCGGGAGGUGAUGAAGUUUUGUUAUCAGCCACGGGAAAAGAUGCAACCAACGACUUUGAAGACGUUGGCCACAGUGAUUCUGCUCGGGAAAUGCUGGAUAAGUACUACAUUGGGGAGAUAGACCCGGCAACAGUCCCCUUGAAACGGGCCUACGUUCCCCCACAACAAGCCCAGUACAACCCAGACAAGACUUCUGAUUUUGUGAUCAAAAUUUUGCAGUUCCUUGUGCCUCUAUUGAUCCUUGGCUUGGCUUUUACUGUCCGCUACUAUACCAGAGAGAAAGUGAAUUGAUGGUCACUUGGAUCGUGGAUUUCUUUUUUUCAUUAUGAUUGCUAUUGUUGUUAUUGUCGGUUGCAGAAUGAACUUCAGCACUCUUGUUGUGAGUUUUUUUAUUUAUCUUGGGUAUGCAAAAUUUCUAGGUGAUUUGCAGAUUUGGAUCCUCUAUGUACGCUAAACGGCUAAAGGGCCGUUAUAAACUGUUGAGACUGUGUUUUUAGAAGGUGCUUCUACAUUUUCAGCUUUUAUCUGCGUGUGCAUUGUAUUUUUUUUUUUUUACCACAUUUUUUGUUGGUUUCACGUUCGCAAGC